CUUGCAGCUCUGUAUGCAACCACACAAAAGAUAUACCCAUCCUGUGCAUCAAUGAUGUGAUGAUAAGGAAAAAGAGAUCCUUUGAGGAUACAAAAGCACAGUAUAAUGUUACUUUGGAUAUCAGCUUGUUACCAGAUGUAAAGUACGUUUUUAUCCACGAUAUCUAAAAUAUAAUAUUGUAGUUUGCUAAUCUAAUUUUAAGAAUUACAUUGCCUUUUAAGUGGUCGAAGUGUGUGUAAAUAACCAAUGAACUGUUUUAAAAGAAAGGAAUACCCAGUUAUUUUCAGCUUGUUUGAUGCGAUUUAUUACUGAUGUAUUACUGACAUAUUACUGAUGUUUUUCUGACAUAUUACAAAUCUAUUACUGACAUAUUACAGGUAUAUUAAAUCUGUAUUAUUGACAUAUUACAGAUAUAUUACGGAUGUAUUAUUGACAUUACUGAUUAUUACUGAUAUAUUACUGAUGUUUAUAAAAACAUCUAUAACAGUGGUGGCUGAAAAGAAUUUUACAUUGAAAAUUUGUGUCCAUUUUUUAUUCCUAAUGAUGUUUUCUGUGUAAAUCUAGAGCUGUUUUGUAUUUAUGUAUUAAGAGCAUUGGGAAAAUAUACUUUCAGGCAUUUAAAAAUUUAUUUAUGUGCUUUAAAUCUGUUUCAGCCAGUAUCAACCUAUGACAACUCUGACAACCAUAAGGGAUGAAAUAGUUCGAAGUAUAAAAAACAAUAUUGAGUCUCAGUUUACUUUGACCUCAGAACAUCUUCAACUCUUGCCACUUUGCCAGAUUGGGCAAACACUGCAAGACCAAACUUGUGGUAAGCACUUUUUACAUAUGCGAAUUGAAAGAAAACAACUAAAAUCUAUAUUAUACUUAUGCCUUUUAAAAUCUCUUAAAUACCAAUACCGGUAUUAGAUGUUUAUUGAAACUCUUUAAAAAAAAAAUUUUUUUUCCUAGUUGACUGUUUGGCUGGUCAUUAUGUUACUCAAGAUCAUAUUUGCAUGCCGUGUACUAGAGGCUGGUAUAAUGAGAAGCCAUUGCAGACUCUGUGUCAGAAAUGUCCGGAAGGUAAAACAACCCAAAGUGAUGGGACUGUCAGCCAUUCACAGUGUGUUAGUAAGUUGUGGUAAUAUAAUAUUGUUUUAAUAGGGCUUAACGGACACACUUUUUUUUUACACCGGGUAUGGGUAUUUUGAGAAAAUACCUGGUGGGUCCAAGUGUUAGAAAAAGUUACCUUCUCAUUUGCUAUAAUAGGCAGCAAAGUCUUACUGCCCUAUAAUGUUGUAAGAAUGCCUUGCCGUUGUCAACUGUUUAUGUCAAGAAAUAACCCACUGAUAGGAAAAGGUAGUCGCCGAAUUCAGGAAUAGAGAUGAUGUUGUAUAAAAACCUUCGGACAGAGAAAAUACUGACGUUCAUUUUAUAACAAAGACAACAGUCACAGUAUAAUGAAAAUGGCAAUACCUUCCUGUACCAAUCUAUGGAAAAGACUCACAGGGGUAGACAUGCCCGAAGCGAAAGGAGGGCCCAUGACCCAGUUUUGUGUGGUUUGCAGCCCCAGAACAAAGUUGUGAAAAAACAUUGACAUUUUGAAAACAAAUUAAUUCCUUUCUAAAGAAGAAAACCCAACCUUUUUACCAGCGUUAUGCAUGACACUCGUGUUACAACCUUUUUUUCAAUCAGUAUUAUUAAUAUGAAACGUGGAGUGGGGAGGGCAAUUUUGAAGGGGAAGCAGGACACACCAGAAGCAAAAUAAAUAUUGUUGUACUAUCAACAAAGUGUGUAAAAAUGCUAAAGACAAGCUGUGAAAUCAAAGAAAAAAAAUAAAAGCAUUCUUUUUAGAAAUGCUCAAGGUAUGGGCGUCAUUGCAUUAGGUAAUGUUCUGCUAGCUGUAUCAUGAGUUAGCUUUAAUGUAACUUACUUACUAAGUCUAUAUCAUCUUGUUUAAAAAAGUUAAAACUAAACCUUAAAGGUAUUCAAUCUAAAUAAAUGUUGUUUACUUGAUAUUAAAUUUAGAAACAUGUUUUAAAAUCGACACCUUUCUUUUUUUUUUUACCAUACAGGUGUUUGUGAUUUGGGCAGCUACUUUAAUGUUGAGACAUCUAUGUGUGAACAAUGUCCACUGGCUCACUAUCAGGACAAAGAAGCAGAGUGGGAGUGUAUGCCCUGCCCUACAGGUCUAACCACAAAAUCAAUCGGAGCUAAAUCUGUUGAAGAUUGCCAGGGUGACCAUCCUUGCUUUAUUCCCCUAAUUAGUUUCAAAUAUCUAUUCAUAAUUCAGUAAACUCUUAUAUUCUUAAUAUUCGUUACAUAAAUAAAUAUUCUGGUGCCUUUGCAAUGAAAUGCAUUGUAUUGAUAUUUUUUAUAAAAUGAAUCAAUGAAACGAAUUUUUUAAAUUUAAAAUAUUUAACUAUUUUUAAAAAAAAAAUCCAAUUAUUUACCUUGCAUGCAAAGGAAAAAAAAAUUAAAGUUGGGUCUAAUCAGAGUUCUGUAAAAUAAUUCAUCUUUUUAAAAAAAAAUUUAUCAGCACUGUGUGUUGUAGGACGGGAGGUGGGUGAAGAUGGAGAGUGCAGACCUUGUCUCAUAGGAACAUUUCAUAGUGGUAGUGAUACAGGACCCCAC